CAGUCAGCGGCGGCGGCAGCAGCACCGAGGGAGCGGAUCAAUACGCUGAAAGCCCGGGGAGGAUUGAGCGGACCGGGGACGAACCGGAGGGGACGCGGACGGAAUUAUGAAGCUCAGCCGCCAUGUCUAAAGCGACGGUGAAGAAGCUGCACUGGCGCUCCAAGGUGCAGGAGAGCUUCGUCCCUCUGGGCGGCGCCGGAUCAGGGGAGCUGGGUCUGGCCAUCGGGGGCGGGGCCGACUACGGCGAGUUUCCGUUUGUCACCGCGGCCCCUGGGGGCGGGGCUACCGUGGGCGACAUCAUCCUGGAGAUCGGAGGGACGCCGGUGUUAGGGAUGACGCUCGGUGAUGUCAGAGGAGUCCUCAACUCGUGUCCCCAUCCAAUCAGAAUCAAGACUGUCUCACCAGGUUCGUCCCUGUGUAAAGACCUCAGGUUGUACCUCAGUAAGUGUUUCACUCCGGGUUCGAUGGACAGUCAACUGCAGCAGCUCAUCAGAGAAAACCUGUACCUGCGAGCCGUACCAUGUACGACCCGGCAGCCCCGGGACGGGGAGAUUUCAGGUGUGGACUACAACUUUGUGUCCAUCGAGGAGUUUUUCUCUCUGGAGGAGUCGGGAGCGCUGCUGGAGAGCGGCAAGUUCAAAGGGAACUACUACGGGACGCCCCGCCCCGUCCACAUCGGCCCGGAGAGCCCACCAAUCACGUACCAGGAGCACCGAAACCUGCUGAGGAACUUCAGGACGAGGAGCAAGUCUCUGAGCAACCUGGAGAAAGCCGUGGAGGAGGGCGACAACAGUGAGGAGGACAGCGGCCUGUCAGCAGGUUCGGCUAAAGCCCCGCCCACCACCCUGCCUCUCAGCCAGUCGUGGGAGUCGGCGGCGGAGAACGGGGUGCGAGGAGUGGGGAGGAGGAGAGGAGCAGGAGGAGGUCCACUGCCUGAAAACUGGGAGAUGGCCUUCAGUGACUCAGGGGAGCCCUACUACAUCGAUCAUAACUCAAAGACGACCAGCUGGCUGGACCCCCGCACCCACAACAAAGAGCCCACUACCUGCACUGAGUUACCGGAGUUCACCGAGCAGCCCAGCCAGCUGAGAGGUUACUCCAUUCACACUCGACUCUCCAAGGGGCCUCGAGGUUUCGGCUUCAACAUCGUUGGAGGGAGUCGACCUCGAGAGUUUCUGCAGGUGUAUAGUGUCACGCCUGGAGGACCCCCGGCUCUCAAUACAGCCGACAUCCUGGUCUACAUCAACGACAACUGUGUGCUGGGUCGCUCUCACAAAGAGGUGGUGGAGAUGCUGAAGUCCGUGCCAAUGGGUCAGAGUGUGGACGUAGUGCUGAGGAGAGGAUACCCAAUGCUUUACAACCCCGACGGGUGUCCCAAACAGAGCCUUGAGACGCCGCAGACCCCAAGUGAGUCGUCCAACCUCAGCCGAGGCCUGACGCACCUCACCUACAGCCGCACGCUGGACGCCAACGGCAGCACGACAGGAUCGGCACAAACCCCGCCCUCCUACACCACUCAGCCAAUGACGAACGGAAUCACGAGCCCGCCCACCCCCACAUCCUCCGACCCCCCUCUGUGUCCGCCGCCCCCUCCAGAGAGGACGCCAACAAGCCACAGCGACUCUGACGGCGGCCCAUCAAGCGCUGGAACUCGCAGGUCUUCUCUGAUUCGCUACAGCAGCAGCACGCUCCCCGCCUUCUCCUCCUCCUCCCUCCUCCACCAUCAGAGCUCCAAGUCUUCUGAGAGCGACCUGUCCACCUCCACGCUCCCCAUCUGCUCAUCCACCCUCCCCGCCUCCUCCUCCUCCCAUGCCCUGUCCAAGCUGCCCCUCUCUCAGCCUGAGACGGGCCUCCACCAGAACUCCACCAGCCCGACCUCCACCAGCAACAACAACACCCCUUCCUCGUCCACGUCGCCCAGCGCCCCCACGCAGCGCCCCCCGAUGCCCCAGACCUCCCUCGCCGUGACCCCGCCCAGAGACGUGCCGCCCUGCGGCUUCAACGGCUGCCCCGCCAGCCACCCGGCGCCCUCGACGGCCCCCAGGGGGAACCCGGGCCUGGUGCUGGCUCUGGGCGCCGGGUCGCCCGGGUCUGCUCACGGCGGGGAGCUUGUGCCAGUGGCCUUGGGGAGAAAUGAGGGCGGUGGGCUGGGCUUCAGUGUGACGGCAGGCGGGCAGAGCGGGCAGCUGGCGGUGGUGAGGCGGGUUUGGGAUCGGAGGCAGUGCCCCUCGCUGCAGUCUGGAGACGCCAUAGUGAAGAUCAACGGAGCGGACGUACAGAGCUUCAACUUCUCCCAGGUGCAGAGAAUCCUGCAGGAACACACCAAGCAGGGAGAGGUGGUCCUCCUGGUCUACAGAGGAGGUCACAUAUCCUCGCCAGUCGUCACGCCAAAUAUCUACAAGCCCCUCUCCUCCCCCCACGGCCCCACCACCCCGUCCUCUUCCUCCUCCUCCUCCUCCCACCUGCCCACCUCAUCCGACUUGCCUUCCCCGUCCACGGGUGCCUUGGUGGGGGGCGUCCCCCCACUCAGCCAGGCCGGCUUGGCCCUCGGGAGUUUCAAGGAGGGGCACCUACCAGCUCCAGGGACCCAUCAAGGGGCCCCUCCUAUACAGACGCCUAACGGGCCCUCGGCCUCGACGCUCAUCCAGAGCACCAGCUUCCUGGACUCGGUCCCCGUCACGCUGACCCUGGAGCCCCGCGACCUGCUGGGCGUGGAGGAGAGCGCCGGGGGGCCUCCUCCGCUCAGAGGGGGAGCACUGGGGGCCGUCAGCAAGGACAGCAGGGGAGGAGUGAAGACGGUGGAGGUGGAGCUGAGGAGGCGGCCGGGAGAAGGCUUCGGGUUCGUCAUCGCCUCACAGGAAGUGAGCGGAGCCCCCUCCCUGAUGUCUCACCGGUUCGUGACGGUGCGUCGCGGCAGCCCGGCGGCCCGCAGCGGUCAGAUUCAGCCCGGAGACCAGCUGGAGGCGGUGGAGGGGCGGCCGGUCGCCGCGCUGCAACACCGAGACCUCGCCCAGAUCCUGAGGAGGGCCGGCAACACGCUACGACUCAGCGUCACACCACGCCACCACUCAGACGGAGCAGACCUGGACAUGGACGGCAGACUGAUGAAGGGAUCCAGAGGGAAGUCAAAGGAGGAGUCCCGGUUCUACAGCGUGGACCUGGAACGAGGUCCCACAGGGUUCGGGUUCUCUCUGAGAGGAGGCAGCGAGUACAACAUGGGACUGUACGUCCUGGGACUGAUGGAGGGAGGACCGGCUCAGCGCUGCAACAAGAUACAGGUAUCCGACCAACUGGUGGAGAUAAACGGCGACAGCACGGCGGGGAUGACUCACAGUCAGGCCGUGGAGCAGAUCCGGAGAGGAGGACACCGGAUCCACCUCGUCCUCAAGAAAGGGAACGGAUACGUUCCGGACUACGUGGAGCUGUCCAGCCUGUCUCUGUGUAUGACAAACUCCAAACAGGGUGAACCGUGCUUCUACGUGAUUGGACGCACAGAGAACUCGCGGCCCUGAGGAAGGAGCCCUCUCCCCCUCCUCCUCUUCACCCAUAGAGGAGCAGCACGCAGACCCGGUACCCAGG